AUGGACACCAACAAAGAGAAAAUACGCCAUAUUUUACAGUUUUUCUUCGAUAAAGGCGAAAACGCAAGCCAGGCGGCUGAAAAUGUGAAUAGUGUUUAUGGUCCUGAUACUGUAACAGUCAAUAUCGCGCAAUUUUGGUUUCGUCGAUUCCGUUCCGGUAAUUUUGAUGUCAAAGAUGCACCACGCUCUGGAAGGUCAAUUGUCGAAAAUGUCGAUAAAAUAAUGGAAAUCGUCGAGUCCGACCGUCAUGUAAGCACAGUUUCGAUUGCCCAGGAGCUAAACAUUGCACAAAAAACCGUUUGGAAUCAUUUAAAUAAGGCUGGAUACAAAAAGAAGCUCGAUGUAUGGGUGCCACACGAGUUAACGCAAAAAAACCUCAUGGACCGAAUUUCCAUCUGCGAAUCGCUGCUGAAUCGCAACAAAAUCGACCCAUUUCUGAAGCGAAUGGUUACUGGUGAUGAAAAGUGGGAGUGGGGCGGCUGA